CGGUUGGAACCGUUGGAGAGCGUGCGCCGCGCGGAUGACGAGCGGGAGGCUCCUGGCCAAUGAGAGCGCUACGUGGCAGGAAACAAGUACGUUGAAAGUUGGAAAAGAUGAAACAACUAAAAAGGAAAAGAAAAAGCAAUUUUAGUGUUCAGGAAACUCAAACGCUACUUAAGGAAAUCCGAAAAAGGAGAGAAGUGCUUUUUUCUAAGCAACUAAAUACGACAAUUAAUGAAAUGAAGCGGAAAGCUUGGGAGGAAAUAGCAGAGUGUGUUAAUGCUGUGGGUGAAGGAGAGCAAAGGACAGGGACAGAAGUGAAAAGACGAUACCUUGACUGGAGAGCUCUUAUGAAGCGAAAGCGGUUGAACUCCAACAUCAAGCUUGUAGGUGCUGGGUUUCAUCUUCCUUCCUCUGAUUUGGAUGAUUCUCUCAAUGAAGAUAUAGAUGAGAAAAUUGGAUUUCCAAAUGAAUCUAAUUUUGAAUGGCAGAAUAUCACAGAUUUCCGGGAAGCGGGUGGAUCAUUAACUGAAGUCAAAGUAGAAGAAGAAGAGGAAGAUCCACAGAGUUUUGAAUUUCCUAUUGAGGAAGAAGAGGAAAUUUUGUCCUCAGUGUUGCCAGACUCCAAAAAGGAAAAUGAUCUUCCUGAUUUCACCCACAUUGAAGAGUUUGGCAAUCUAAGCUCUGCCCAAGCUAGGCUGGUUUAUGAGGAUUCCCAUUUGCUCAUCAGUCUGGAGAAACAGAAGCUGGAACUAGAAAAACAGCGCCUGGAUAUCGAAGCAGAGCGCCUGCAAGUGGAGAAGGAGCGGCUGCAGAUCGAAAAAGAGCGGCUGCGACACAUUGACCUGGAACAUGAGAGGCUUCAGCUGGAGAAGGAGCGGCUGCAGAUGGAGCGAGAGAAACUGAGGCUUGAGGCUCUGCAUGCUGAAAAACCCUCCCCAGAAAAUGAUGCCAGCCAGGCGGAAAAGCCCACUGUGCCGCCUCUGGAUCUAGAAACGGAAAAACUUAAAAUUGAAAAGGAGCGCUUACAAUUAGAGAAGGAGAGGCUGCAGUUCCUGAAGUUUGAAUCAGAGAAGCUGCAAAUUGAGAAAGAACGCUUACAAGUUGAAAAAGAGCGCCUGCGAAUUCAGCGGGAAGGGCAUUUGCAGUGAAUUUGGCCUGAGCAACUGUGCUUUGUGCAUUGAUGUUUGUAUUUUUUCUUUAAAAGUUAACUUGAUUUCAUUAAAAGUGUUGGGCAACUGGGUCUUCAAAGCAUUUCACCAUUUGCAAAAACCCUGCUUUACGUUGCUCUGAUACUGUGAAGAUUAUACCUUGACAGUACCCUUUUUCCCCUUUCUUUUGGCCACAGUUGAAUGUUACUGUAUUCAAAUUUUUAAAGGUGCUGAGGAACAGUGCUCAGCAAAGUCAAUGUGCCUGUGUAAAUGGAGCUUAUGUGUGAAGCUGCAUUUCAGUGUAAGAGAAGAAGUGUUAAUGUCUUCUUGCAUUCUCUGUUAUAUAGCUUUACGUCCACAUUAAGGAUCAAGGGAUAGCUGUAUCUUGUCAUUUUACGAGUAUUGUUCUAAAUCCAUAGGAGCCUUCAAUAUAAAUUUGCAUUUGUCAUAAAGAAAUAAGAUUAAAGCUAGGCCUUGCGUGUUACAUUGUGU